AUGUCUGUCCAAAAUUCCGUACAUACCAAUAACAAUAUCACAGCAGAAGAGCCCGCCGACGCCGGAUGGUUUUUCUCGGUAGAGGACUUGCUUGACUGGACGCAACGAAAAGACCAAAAAGACAUGGAAGCCGACGUUCAUAAUUGGGUAGCAGCAGAAUAUGCAUCCCUAGUACCAUAA